AUUCCCAAGAGUUUAUGUGCUAUAGCUAUCUGCCAAAAAAUGAAGCUUGCAUCUCAUCGCAGAUCGUAAUCAAAUUUCCUUGUUUCUCGACCUGUUAUUGGAAUCCAAUAGUGGUUUGGGGUUCUCCACUGACGAGCGAAGCUUCCCAACCUUGGGGUGGACGGCAGGGACGGCAGAGUGUUGGAAACCACUUCACCCUAUUUGGCGGUUUACAGCUCAGCGGCGAAGGCGGUUUCAGCAUCUCCUCUCCGUACGGCAUCCAACCACUGGCGGUUUGAGAUCCGUUUGUCUCAGGCGAGCUGACAGAUGAUACCCUGGUCCGAUUUCACGAAGGUUUCCCGAUUGGUACUGUUCAUCAUCGUCCCUUUUCCUCAAAAGAAGCAGCAAUGGUGAGAAAAACCAUCGGCAUUGGACUACCAGCGAGAGUCACCAGGUCAACUACAUCUAGGUUUGAAGCCCUGGCCAAUUUGGAUGACGAUUUCCCAACGUUGGAAACUCAACUUGCUACGCGGGAAAAAUUAGCAAUGGCUAACAUUGUUGAAUCUGCAAACAACUUCCAGCUAACUGUUAACGUUGCUCCUCACGCUCGAAUUCAAGAUGCUGGAAUUCAAGAUGCAGGACACCCCCUUCCAGAUAGUAUUCCAAAAGAAGGCAAAAUUGAGGUAACCAUCCCAAAUUUGACUCCUAAAGAUGCUGUAAUGUCUCAAAAACCAUGGACUACUUUGUUUAAGAACAACCGUGUCCCAUAACACGGGAUCAAAUUGAGAUUUAUCCCGCCAAAAGGCAAUUCUUUGAACUUUGCUGAUAGAGUAAUACCAUACAUGGUUGAGAUGUGGGGGUACUGCCUUGUAGGAUAUUUCGCCUUGUAGGAUAUUUCACAGGACGAUUCCCAGGCCUAAAGGCAAUCCACGAUCUCAAAGAAAAAUGGGGUGUAAAUUGCCUUGUACGAUCCCAUGAUAAGGGUUGGAUUAUUUUUAAAUUUCAAAAUGAGGCAUAUAGAUUGGAAGUUCUGACUGAAGGGCCAUACACUAUUUUUGGCAAGUUACUAAUGCUAAAGGUACUCUCUGAGGACUUCUCAUUUGAUGACGAGGAGUUUCUCAAAGUACCAAUUUGGGUCAAAUUUCCAAAUUUACCAAUGAAACUUUGGAAUGUAGAAGCAAUGAGUGAGGUAGCGUCUAUGGUCGGGGUUCUGCUAAACACUGAUAAAAUUACCAAAGACAGGGCUAACCACCAUUUUGCUAGACUAUUAAUAGAAGUUGAUGCAUCCAAACCACCCCCUCUCUCAUUUCCCAUACGUCUACCAUCCCGGAAGGUUAUUGAGCAGUCAGUGUUGUACGAAACUUUCCCCAAUUUUUGCUUUCAUUGCAAAGAAUAUGGACAUAACCCAUUUAUCUGCAAAAAGUUAGCGGAUAAAUACAAGGGGGUUACUAAGAAUAGAGAAGAUUUGGUUGAAGAAACACCUGGUGAGGCGGCAUCGCUUGAAACUCCCCUAGAGCAAAAAGCCAAGAAAGAGGUCCAAAGCUUAGUGCCGGAAGGCUCAGAUAUCGAACGACAAGUUGAGGAGGCGAUUGAGGACAGCCUGGACCAGUCAACAGAUCCAAACUAUGCACAUGUGAUAGCAGAAGCUAAGGAACACGUUAUCCUAGAGAUUCCCCCCGAGGACCACCCGAUGACCAGAAGUAAAUCAAAAACGCUUCAGGCUGACAGGGACUACUAUAUAUAUCUUAUCCACUCAAACUAUGACUCACCACACAAACUUGUAACAGGACUUCAACGUUAUAAGUCAUCACAUCCGGAGGCAAAAAAUUACCCUCCAUAUCUGCAAAGGGCCAUCCAAUUUCACAAUAAAUACAACAGCUCGCUUGCAACAUCUGUCGAGGUGCCUGCAAAUUUUAUGUGUUAAAACUUUCUCCAUGUGCAUUUACUUGUAUUUUUCCAUUGCCUAUUUUCUUGUUGAACUCUGUUUUGUAACCUCAUAUGUUUAAUAAAAUUGGAAAGUGUUCCCCGACGCUUUCCCCACCCUGGUGGCCUCUUCAAGCAAAAAAAAAAGAAUGC